UCUCUGUUGGCUCUGGAGGAAGUUUCCUGUCAUCAGUCUCCCCCUGGACCAGGAGCUUCUCCAUGCAGGAACUCUGGUUCCAAAGGAUGCGCUCUGCUCCCUGCACUGCUGUCUUGGAGGUCUGAGGUCCCCAACACUCUGCUUGCUUCCCUUUCCUUUUAUGUCUUGUAAGCACUCAGCUUCAAUGAAAGUUCAGUGGUUUGAACCCAUCAGCUGCUCCACAGGAGAGAGAUGUGGCAUCCUGCUUCUGUAGGAGGACAGCCUUGGAUACCCUAUGGGGCAGUUCCGUCCCAUCCUGUAGGGUUGCUGUGAGUUGGAAUCGACUCGAUCACAGCGGAUUUGGGUUUUUAUGGUAUGCAGGAGACCUGGGUUCGAUUCCUGGCCAAUGUGCAGCCACCACUGGUUUGUCAGUGGAGUUUUUGUGUUGCUGUGAUGCUGAACAGGUUUCAAUGGAUCUUCUAGACUAAGAUGGACUAGGAGAAAAGGCCUGGUGAUCGGCUUCUGAAAAUCAGCCAGUGAAAACCCCAUGGAUCCCAGUGGUCACAUCCGAGCAUCCCUUUGCUCUAUUGUAGGCCCGGUUGCUGUGAGUCCGGGGUCAGCUUGUUUAGACUAACAGGGUACAGAUGGGGUUGGGGUGGGACUCUGAUCUCACACAGCCCCUCACCCACAGGUGCCCAGGAGGAUGGUGGUGCGGCCCUAGGCCCAGGCUUCGCACCAUGACCUGCUGGCUGCACGUCCUGAGCCUGCACCUUCUGCUUCUGCCCGUGGCCCCGCCACUGGCCAGGGGCUGCCCUGCCCGCUGCGAGUGCACUGCCCAGACGCGCACGGUGGCCUGCCCGCGCCGCCGGCUGACUGCAGUGCCCGACGGCAUCCCUGCGGAGACGCGUCUGCUGGAACUCAGCCGUAAUCGCAUCCGCUGUCUGAACCCGGGCGACCUGGCCGCGCUGCCGCAGCUGGAGGAGCUGGACCUGAGCGACAACGUCAUCGCGCACGUGGAGCCCGGCGCCUUCGACAACCUGCCACGCCUGCAGGUCCUGCGGCUGCGUGGCAACCAGCUGAAGCUCAUCCCACCCGGUGUCUUCACGCGCCUGGGCAACCUCACCCUGCUGGACCUCAGUGAGAACAAGCUGGUCAUCCUGCUGGACUACGCCUUCCAGGACCUGCGCAGCCUCCAGCGGCUGGAGGUGGGUGACAACGACCUGGUCUUCAUCUCCCGCCGGGCCUUCGCCGGGCUGCUGGCCCUGGAAGAGCUGACUCUGGAGCGUUGCAACCUCACGUCGCUGUCGGGAGAGUCGCUGGGCCACCUGCGGGGCCUGGGCACCCUGCGUCUGCGCCACCUGGCCAUCGCGGCGCUGGAGGACCAGAACUUCCGGAAGCUUCCGGGGCUGCUGCACCUGGAGAUCGACAACUGGCCGCUGCUGGAGGAGGUGGCGGCUGGCAGCCUGCAGGGCCUCAACCUGACCUCACUGUCCGUCACGCACACCAACAUCACUGCCGUGCCGGCAGCCGCGCUGAGCCACCAGGCGCACCUGACCUGCCUCAACCUCUCCUACAACCCCAUCAGCACGGUGCCGCGCGGGUCCUUCCGCGACCUGGUCCGGCUGCGUGAGCUGCACCUGGCCGGGGCCCUGCUGGCCGUGGUGGAGCCCCAGGCCUUCCUGGGGCUGCGGCAGAUCCGCCUGCUCAACCUCUCCAACAACCUGCUGUCCACGCUCGAGGAGUGCACCUUCCACUCGGUCAACACGCUGGAGACGCUCCGGGUGGACGGCAACCCGCUGGCCUGCGACUGCCGCCUGCUGUGGAUCGUGCAGCGCCGCAAGACUCUCAACUUCGACGGGCGGCUGCCGGCCUGCGCCACGCCGGCCGAGGUCCGCGGGGACGCGCUGCGCGACCUGCCCGACUCGGCGCUGUUCGAGUACUUCGUGUGCCGGAAGCCCAAAAUCCGCGAGCGGCGGCUGCAGCAGGCGGCGGUGACCGCGGGCGAGGUCGUCCGCUUCCUCUGCCGCGCCGAGGGCGAGCCGGCGCCCACCGUGGCCUGGGUGACGCCCCGGCACCGCGUGGUGACCGCCGCCAGCGCCGGGCGGGCGCGCGUGCUGCAGGGCGGGACUCUGGAGCUCCGCGACGCGCGGCCGCAGGACAGCGGCACCUACACCUGCGUGGCCAGCAACGCCGGCGGCAACGACACCUACUUCGCCACGCUGACCGUGCGGGCCGAGCCGGCCGCCAACCGGACCCCGGGCGAGGGGCGCAACGAGACGCAGGCGGCCGAGCGCUUCCCGCUGGACCUGACCACCGUCCUGGUGUCCACCGCCAUGGGCUGUAUCACCUUCCUGGGUGUCGUCCUCUUCUGCUUCCUGCUGCUGUUCGUGUGGAGCCGCGGGCGCGGGCAGCGCAAGAGCAACCUCUCCGUCGAGUACUCCUUCCGCAAGGUGGACGGGCCGGCGGCCGCGGCCACUCAGGGCGGCGCGCGCAAGUUCAACAUGAGGAUGAUCUGAGGGGCCCCGCCGGAAAAGCCAGAUCCCGGCCGCGCCCGUCCUUGCUGGCUUGUCUUUCUUACCACCUAUGCAUUGUCCGCAGGGGCGGCUGCCAGUCGGCUCUCGGCAGAACUUCCCUUUUUUUGUAGAGACUCAACCGCAGGACUGUGUUUUCGUCAGGACACAUCUUUUGCAGUUUCUCAAGCGUUUUCUAAAGGUUACGCCCCGUGUCUUUCCGCCCUGCCCCUGGGGCCUAGUUGCUGAGCCGGGUUGGGGGAUUGGGCUCCCUUCUACCAACCCAGGGUGGGGUGCGGAGCUCGGGGACCUCAUAACACAUAGUUCACUCCUAGGACGUACACAGCCGCUGCCCCGAGGGCCCCCGGGCAGGGCUCACACCUGCAGGAGACGGUUUACACCUGGACCCACAUAACAGUCAGGGGAGGGGUAAACACGCAAAAACCCUCUACUGUUCACACCUUGACAAAGUACACUCCACACCCAGGCACAGCGUGAUUCUCACCAGGGACGCACAGUCAGACACACAGACACCCACAGCUCAGAGGUCAUACCUCAUACCAAGACCCAAAGGCACCACAAGGGCACACAGGACUCUUACAGAAGAGCAUACACAGCUCAUGUGUGAGAACACACAGUUCAUACCUGGGACAUGCACAGGUCACACCCAGGACACAAACAGCUCACACCGAAGACACGCACAGCUGACAGCUGGGACACGCACAGCUCAUGCCCGGGACAUGCACAGCUCACACCCGGGACAUGCACAGCCUACGCCUGGGACACGCACAGCUCACACCCGGGACAUGCACAGUGCACAUCUGGGACACACACAGCUCACAUCCAGGACAUGGACAGUUCACAACUGGGACACACUCAGCUCACACCUGGACGCACAGAACUCAAGCCCAGGACAUGCACAACUCACACCCAGGACAUGCACAGUUCACACCUGGACACACAGAACUCAAACCCAGGACAUGCACAGCUAACACCCAGGAAGCUCACAGCUGACACCCAUGACACUCGGCUCAUACCUAGGAUGUGCACAGCUCAUGCUCGGGACACAGCUCACACCUGGGACAUUCACAGCUCACACCUGGGACAUUCAUAGCUCACACCUGGACACGUAGCUCACAGCUGGGACACAUGCAGCAGCUCACACCCAGGACGCAGCUCACACCUGGCUCUUGCUGAGCAGAGCGUGUCUGGGAAGAUCUCAGGGGGCAGGCUAAGGUCUCGCUGAGCAGGUCAGGCUCACCCUGAGGGGCCCUAGCCCACACUAGGUAGUUCUACAUGUUUCCAUGCCUGUGCCCCCCCAGACUCCCUCACCCCUGGGCCCCCAGGCCCAGCACAGUAAGCCAUCUCCCCAGCAGCCUCCAUCCCCCUUACAGCUGCCACUUGCUUUCUCUCCUGGAUUGAUUGGCAAAGGGGAUGCCCACCCAUGGGGGAGUGCAGUCCCUGGGGGUGUCUUUCUCCAACAGGCCAGCUGGAGUGACCACCACCCCUGGGCAUACACUGGCCACUGAGCCAGCCUUAAACUGAGCCCCAGUGUGGCCCCUGACGCAUGGCUCCUGUGGGGAACAAGACCACAGAAGACCACAGAGUGUAGGCAAUUCUUGGGACCCCUGUUCAGUGCAUUGCAGAGGCAAAAAUGAGGAGCAAGACCAGAACAGAGGGUGCAGGGUACAGGGAGGCCUGGACCCUGGUCUUUGGAAGGAGAUGGCAGUGGGGGUAGAUCUAGGGCCCAGGAGUGGGGGUCAUGAGUGGUUUGUGGCUCAGUUUAAAGCAGAGCUCCCCAAAGCCACUGCUCUCUUGCUCUCCAGGUGGUGAACUUCCCAUCACUGGGGGUAAGCAAGCUGGAGCUGGGGUUUUGCAGAAGUACUAAGACACGAGACAGGGUCCCUCCAUGACUGGGUCUCCCCAGCCUGCCUCUUAUUCCACCUCCACUUUGGGCAGGAGACAAUUAGAGCCUUGCGGGGGAAGUGGUACAGAAUACAUGGCAGGGCCUGACCUCAGCCAGAAAAGACUUUGGUCACUAACCCCAGGAGGCUAGACAGUGUCCUCAUGGACUUUGUAGAAGACUCAAAGCCAGCUCUGCCCCACCCAGAACAGAGCCCUGUAACCUGAGCUGACAACUGAGGACCACCCAGACCACUGGUGUCAUCCUCUGUAAAAUGGAUCUGAGAGUCAAACCCAUUGCCAUGCAGGUAGAGGCCAGGCCAUGGACAGGGCAUUGCGGGAGUCCAAGACUUUUAGUUCCUUGCAGCCCUUUUGAGAUGAGCCAGAGAAAAAGUGGCGCCAACCCUGGAGGCUUGGAACAAAGGAUGAAGCAGAGUUCAGAAGGGGACCCAGGCCGUUCUUGGGGGGCUGUGACUGGGAACAUAGGGAAGCCCUGGUCCUGCCCGUUCUGUGAACACAGCGUGUUUCCCAGCCAGGGUGAGACCCCACUCCUGACCCUGUGAGUGGCGAGACACAGGUGAGGGGCAAGGGGGUGUCUUGUGACCCAAAACUUCGCAGCUGAAUUUGGCAGAACCGACUAUGGUUUUCCCUCAGCCUCCUCCUGACCUUGUUGCCAUGACAACCCCAGGGCCCCUCAACACGACAUCAAAAGUGCCUUUAGCCUCAUCAAAGACGGAGGGGUGCAUUCUCGGCAGCUUUAGGGUUAACAGAGCGUCUGUGUGAUUGGCUUCCCUGGCCUCUCUGACCUCUUCCCUUCCCAGCUGGACCUGAGACCCCUGGCUCCCACCCCCUCCCUCUGUAUUUGUUGGAAUCCAAUAAAAAUGAAA